GACACAGCGGCUACCGUCAGCGCUGCUGGAGUCCGACACUGAGCGCUGAGGUGAGCCGCCCGUCAUCCAUCCAGCCACGUGCAGCUCUGCGUUGUUAUGGAUGCCUGCGCUCGCAUCAGAGGAGUCCCGAUAAGGUCCAGGGCCUCCGUCCGGAAAGAGACUGUGCGUGACAGCGGAGCUCAGUCGGUGAAGAGCCUCUUUCGGAAUAAAAAGGAGCUAUGCAGCGUUGGUCUGGAGCUGCCGACCAGAGACGCCACAAGACUGACAGAGAUUCAUUUUGUGUGUCUGCCUGCUCAGUGUGAAGGAGAAGAUGUCACACAGCAGGCUCUGUCGUCUCUGCCGGCAGGGCUCUGCGAGCUCCUCCGGUCGCUCCACGUUCACAGCCUCAAGAACGACGAGGUCCUGCUGCUCAAAGACUCCCGCAGGCUGACGGAGCACAAGGACGCCGGGCCUCAGUGCUGGUUAAAGGCCGUGUGUGUGCUGAGACAUAAUCCCAGUGCCAGCGUCUACCCUCAGGCCAGCGUGGCGUCUUUGGUGGGCCUGCUGGGCUGCUACAUGGCCGGAGUCCGCUAUGCCCUGGAGCUCCAGGCUCUUCAGAGGGGCAGCGCCGAGCCCAGCCAGCCGGAGGAGGACGACACCAACCAGUCGGUGUCGUCGAUCGAGGACGACUUUGUCACGGCACUCGAGCAUCUGGAGGAGGAGGACACUGGAGACAAUCCUGCUGCAGCUCCAUUUUGCCAUUUUAAAAAGCGUGAUGUGGCAUCACAGACGGUCCCAGCCCACAAGAGAAAAAAGGAACUAUCAGGCUCCCGUGUUAUUAUCAGCUCAUCCUCAAAGAAGAAUUCAGCCAAACACAGGUCAGGUCCAGAUGUGUCGGUUACGGUGCAGAGGUCUUCAGGCGUGGAGUCUCAGUGGACUUACUGCAGUCCUGGAGCUCGUCUCCCCUCACCGCUGAUUCAUGUCAGUGAAUCGGAGGAGUCAGACUGUUCCAGCCCCAGCCCAAUCAUUUUCCUGGACGAAGUGGGCUACCAGAAAAGCCUGCUAGCCAAGCUGGACAUCCCCCAGGUACCUGGGGGGCCCAGAGAGCGAGUUGAAGACUCAGACUCUGAAGUCAGCGAGUUCUUUGACAGCUUUGACCAGUUUGACGAUCUGGAUGAGCUGAGCUCGGAGAGCUGCACUCUCACGCUGCCUCUGGACGCCAUCAGUGCCCCAACAGUACACAAAAAGUCUGAAUCUGGAACCAGUGGGGCAGUGUCCAAAUAUGUUUCUAGGGGAUGCUCUACCAAGGGAAUGAACCCUCACCGCUUCGACCAGCCCACUCUCCCUGCCAAUGUGAAAAAACCCACUCCUCUGAAACCAGGCUCUCCUUACUCACUUCACUCAGAGGUGCCUGACUCUCCUCGACCAGUGCAGACCCCCUCUGAAGAGAACGGCGGUCCACUCUUCAGUCCUGUCAGCUCCUCAGCUUUUAGUCCUUUGGUGGACUCUAAUGGACCCCUGGAAUACUUCUGGAAGACAGACGAGGAUGAACAGGACAGCUCGGAGCUCCGUAAACCACAGGAUCUCUGCUCACUGUAUAAGACCUACUCUGACUUUGCCAGCAGUCUGUCCAAAGAAAUUCUGGGAUCGGUGUGUGGAUAUCAGUCUGCUGUCGACAUCAGUGACAACAAGAACCUCAGCUGUGUCUGCCACAAGGAGUUUAAGAACCCUUCAGGCUACCUGAUGAAGCUCUCAGACAUACAGGAGACUGUAACAGUAGCCAAGCUGCAGAAGAAGUCCCAGUCUCUGAAAGACGGCAUUCAGAGAUUUGCCACUGACCUGGUGGAGAUGAGCUUGGGUAGCGCCCUGCGAGACCUCCAGAAAGGCGUAUCCACCUGCACUACUACCCUGUGUCACCUUGCUGCCAGACUGACCUCCUCAGUGUUUCAGAUGGCCUUCCAUGAGAUUGGCAUGCGGCAUGCUUAUGUGUUAAAGGAACGUGCGAUCAAUGGAUUAGCUGGUUUCCUAGUUGGAGAGGCCGUGUCUGGGGCACUGAAGGAGUUCCUGACAGUGAAGAAGCAGAUUUUCCACAGUACAGUGACACGUUUCGCUGCUGAUCUGGCUGAAGAACUGGUGUUUGAAGGCAUAAUGGAAGUAUGUCAGUUUUCCCACCCUUCAACUCCACUUACACCUAGCGAUUGGUCUUUUGGCCACGGGCAGGAGGAAGAAGAAGAGGAGGAGGAGGUGGUUUCUUCCUAUGCUUCAGAUUUGUCUGAGUCAGUAAUCCAGGAAGCCUUCAUUGAGCUGUCUCAGGCUGAUGUUGCCUUCACAAGCCAAGCAGCAAUCAGUGUGUCCUUGGACAACAUCUGUUACGUCAGUGCAGAAAAUACCAGUACUCAUACCUGCAGUACCUUUGCUAACCAGCAGGUUUUAAGUUCCAGCUCCACUGCAGCAUUGCCUGGGCCCUCAGGAGAGGAUGCUACUUGCACUGUGAAGAAAGCCUUGUUCACUGUAUCCGGCAUGGCCAGCUGUAUCCCUGUCCCCCAGGCAGGCCACGCCCUCUCCCACCUCCAGGAUUCAGAAGAGACCUCUCAGCAGAAGUCUAGCUUGACAAAUAGCCCACAGUCCAGCCCCAAACGAGUACCUGUGUCAUCCUGUGACACCACCACAUCUGCACAAACUCACCUUUACAGUCAUGGAACCCAGACCUCUACAAAUGUAGGUGACCCCUCCCAAGGGAAGUCUCCUUUCCAAAACUUCUCUGGCAACAUGGUGGAUAUGAUCGUAACUGAGGCAUGUGAGCUGAUAACUGCCUCAAAGAUGAAGAAGAGUUUUGGUGACUGUGCUGAUUUUCUCACAAAGACAAUCGGAAACCGAAGGGACUCUUCCUCAAAGCUGGAGACCCCAGAUUCCCCUUUAAAGCAGGGAGUUGGCAGGGAGAGUUUCAGAUAUGACCACAGAGAUUCUGGGUGUAUUCGGCAGGGCGGAUCAGUUGAGCAAGCAGCAGAGCUUCCUCCCAUUUCCUUCCAGACAGGCUCUGCAGGCCUGGGAAGAGUCCAGUAUGAUGCCAGGAACAGAGGUGUAACUGAAACACAUCCUGCAAUGAUGGACACUCUGGAUGUGCCAGGUACAGAGAUGGGAGGACAGAGGAGGAUAUCUGCUCCCGUGGAUGACUCCGCUCCAAGCUCCGGUCAAAAAUCCGGCGGGACUCCUGGCACUCCUCCAUCCACCCCUCAGCAGCCCAGUGAGGUUUCCAAAGAGAAGCAGAUAAAACAGUUCUCCAAGAAGCUGAAAAGCAAACUGGCGAAAGAGUUCUCUCCUGCAACGCCACCUCCAACCCCUCACUAUCAGCCCGAGCCCGGCCCUGGUCCAAAAGAUGCCAUCCCCGAGGCGGACAAAGCGGAGUUUAUGCUGAAACUGAUGCGGUCUCUUUCUGAGGAGGCAGAUGGCAAUGAGGAUGAAGAGGAGGAAGAAGCAGCAGAGGAAGGCGGCAUUGGUGGCACUAACAGAUGUGUAGAGACUGGCGGCGGACAGCCGGUGUCUUCUCGCAAGGUGUUCAACAAGGAAGCUCUCCAUUACGCCGAGCGACUGGCGUGCCACAUAGUUUCCAUGGCAACUGAGAUGGACACCCUGGGAGUGGCAGAAGAAGGAGAGGCGAGGAAAGGUGGUGAGAGGCGGAGGGACAGCGUGGCACAGUUCUCAGAGCAUACUCUGAACACAUUGUGGGUGUACGCCGGGGAGGUGGCUGGAGAGGUGAUUAAUGAUGUGAAAAGGAUGGUGAGCUCUGGGCAGCAGUGUCCGUACCACAGAUCUCUCAGGAGGAGAAGCCUGGAGAGGACCAGCUCUGAAUGUUUGCAUCACCACCACCGACCCCUGUCUCAGCCCAGUACAGACCAGAGCAAAGACAGAAGGUUAGGGAGGCUGGCUGAGCAGUGGUCAAAUGACCUGAUCGCAUCAGUGUCCCGGUCUCCGCCCUCCACUUCCAUCUCCAGCUCCAGCUCCGGUCUGUCCUCUGAGUAUCCCAGCUGUGAGAGCGUGACUGAUGAAUAUGCCGGCUACCUGAUCAGGGUGCUGAAAAAGGAAGGCGGCAGCAGGGAGUUAGUCUUGGACCAGUAUGCGAGCCGUUUGGCGUAUCGCUCUAUAAAACUCGGCUUAGCUCACGCCAGUCGAAAGAUCAAGCAAAGAUCCUCGAGCACUCGCCUUCAAUCCUCUAAGUCACUGCCAGAUGAGUGGAAAACUUCUGGCAGUGAGGCCUCAUCACCCAAAGACAGAGCAGACCCAGGCGAGGAGACUCAAUGCUGCUGCAGGGACUCUGAGGAGCAGAACAGGAGGGAGUACAUGGAUCUGGUCAGUUUUGCAGAAUCUUUAGCUUACAACAUCACCUGCGACGUCACACGCAAACUGCAUCUUUCCUCCGUGCGACUGCCAAAGUCUCUCACCGACUCCUGUCUUUAUAAGAAGUCCAGACUUGAAGACAUGACAGAGAAUCUCAUCAGAAAUUCCUUCUCUUGCCCCCUUUUGUCCAAGGAGGGUAAGAGCAGACACUACCACAGCACAGGAAGCCUGUACGACAGUGGUUACAACAGCAGGGUGAUGCAAGUCAUCGAGCAUUACGCCAGGAAGAUAGUGGACGACACGCUUAAGAUGAGCCUGGCAUCGGUUGGACAUUCGUCCCAGGAUCACCAGAGAACCCAAGGCCACGACAGACACUACCACACCCAGAGGCUGUCUGAGGGCCCCGGGCUGGUCCGGGCACUGGGGGAGAGGACGUGCCGGUACUGUCAGGUCCAGGAGUGUCCGUUCUAUACCAAACUAAGCCGGCACCACUACCAGCCAGUGUUACAGAGCAGGAAAAGGGGGGCAGAGUGUCAGGCAAGGACUGAGCGGCUCUCUGGUCUGGAGAUUCCCAAGAUUCACAUCGAUCUGGACCACAGGGCAGCAUUUGCAGAGGAGAUGGUAACCAUGGCGAUGGAGACAGCGAAACGUGAGCUGAGUAACACCAGCCUUAACGCCGACAGUGGCAUCGGCCAUGAUGGCACCAGUUACGCUGAGAGUCUGACUGCUGAGAUCAUGACAUCAGCGCUGUCCAACAUCUGCCAGGCUGCUGUCAGUUCUCCAGGCAGGGAAGCCACCGAAUCCACUGUGUCCCAGCAGCUGAGUGUCGGAGACGAUAGUCUUGGCAGCUGGUCCAACCUGAGUUUUGAAGACGAGCAUCUGGAUGACAACAGCAGCUUCCUCCACCUGAGUGACAGCAGCAAUGGGAACAGCAGCAGCUGGAGCAGUCUGGGCCUGGAGGGGGAGGCGGGUGAGGAGCGCAUGUCAUUCUCCCCAUCUGACAGUGACAACACAGAGGACAAGGAGACUGAGGUCAAAGAGGAAUCCAGUGGGACGCUCUGUGUGGACAGGACUCAAACUCCGGCUCCCAGGACGGUGCUGGUCGUGGUGAGCUCAGACCUCAGGGAGCCCGGACGUGGCCCCCAGCAGGACCCCCAGCUCAGGAGCAUGCUGCAGUGGGCGGCUGCCUCCAUGGCCGACAUCCCUCACAUCCAGCUGGGUUUGGACAGAGAGCUGCAGCAGCUCCCAGCGGUGGUCCAGAGGCUUCGAGAGAGGAGGUGGAGGGUUGGAGAGCUGCUGCACACGCUGCUGCGCUACUGUGAAGAGAGCCAGACACACAGCCAGCCUCAACCCAGAGAGGAGGCACCGCAGGCGGGCAGAGAACCUCACCAUGCCCCCCUCUUCCAGUGGCUCCUGGAGCACGCCUAGGGCCUCUCCUCUUUUCUCCCCCCCUUCCCCCCUUCAGUUCCACACAGGGCUUUGCUAACUCCACGGCCCCUAGAGGGCGCCACACAAAUCAGCUCAUGAAUGUGGGCGGCGUGUGUUCUGCAUUGCAUGCUGUGACCAAGAAGUACUUCUGUUGUAUCCUAUUUUUCUUUCCACUUUCUGUUUUGCUGCAGUUUUUUUUCUCACUUAUCGGACCACAUAUAUCACACGUGUUGAUUUAGUGAGCUGUCUCCUGCACCCACCUACACUUGUCAGUCGAAAGGCCUCACACCUUGCUGCCGCUCUGCUCGAGCUAGAGAAAGAAAAAGAGAGAGAAGAGAGAGAGAGAGAGACCCAGCCCAUGUGUUUCCAGACAGAAAUGCAGCGAGUUGAGAGAAUGUGUUUUCUGUUAGGGAAUCCCCACAGCUGCUGGGCGGGUGAUGUCAUCACACCCACAGCUCACCUCUGUGGUGGUGUUCCCACAUGUUCAGAGACCAACACACACACAUCACACCACACCCUUUCAUUGUGUUAUCACAUCCAAUCCAAGAUACACCGACACAGUUAUUCCCCCCCCAUAGUAUUCUAUUACUGUAUUAAUCCACUCAGUUACCGCGCUUCAGUCGAGGGUUUCUCACCGAAUGCUGAUACAGUUUGAUCAGUAUGCUGACAUACAGUGAGUACACCCCUGCGAAAUAGCACUUAAUUAUCUAAUGAGUCUAAAUUGUAAUGGCAUCAUUUUAAAGGUGGUAUUUUCUCCUGUGAAAAAUUAAAAACAGGCCCCACAGAAGGACUUAAUCCUCCUCAGCAUGGCAGGAGGUGCCAUUUAUUAGAGACUAUUUUUGGGAGUGUUUAUUGCUGGAGGGUUUGUGUUGCUCCACCUUUCUCUUUAAAAUACCCCAAAUGUGUUCUAUUGAAUUCAACUGAGGUCAUAGUGUUCACUUUUUCCUUCUUUAGAAACUCUUGUGUGCUUGUGCUUUGGAUGGUUAUCAUGCUGGAAUAUUCCUCUUCUGCGAAACUUCUGCAGACUUGCAGUCAUCUUGUCAGACACUGUUUUGGUAUAUUUACAGACGCUCGUGCUCUAUCUGUAAAUUUCAUCUCCCCAACAACUUUUGCACCCCUGCAGCCCCAUAUCAUGACACUCCGACGUCUGUGUUUCACUGUCAGGACGAUGCAUUCACUGUGGUAGUCUUGACCAAAUCCACACAUUACAUGCUGGAUUCCAUCUGAGCUCAACAAAUGUAUCUUGGUCUCAUCUGAUCAAACAAUGUGCUCCAAAUAUUCAGCAGGCUUCCUGUUGUGUUCUUUAGAAAGGUUUUAUUCUGCAGUGUAGUGCCAACCUGCAAGCAAGGGUGUUUGUCUUGGACACUGUCACAUUAUAAACUGUCCUUCACACUGUCUGAGCUGUUACAGAAUCUCUCAUUUCCAUUGAUACCCCCCGUGUCAAGUCAGAAGCAGCUGUUGUCUGGUUUUCACAGCUGGAUUGUGAAAGUAGUGCAGUGUCUUGUGGAGUCAUUGUUGGAGGAUGACCACUGGAGCCCUGAUUAGUGGUAUAAUGGCUCCUUCUGUACCCCCUGAUUACUGUGUUACCACUGAUUUCUAGUAGAUCUUCCUGUGUUCUUUUCAGGUAUUUGUUUUUGAUUUUUCUUUCGAGGAAAUUCCCCAGUUACUACAUUUGGAAUCGUUUUGGCAUUUAGAUCCGCUUGCACAGAGGUGGACUUACUUUCGUAGCGGAGAUUGACAAGACUUUGUUGAAGUUUUAAAACCAUAUCUUUGGUCAUUUUGCGUUGAUGAAUGGGCCGCUCGCCUGGCUGCAGAUUGAUUAAAAAAGAUGAUGAAGUUGCCUCUUGAGAGUGUUCCUGUUUUAUCUAAUACUGUAACACUGCUUGCCUAGCAACAAUCUCCUUCGUUGUCAAACUUAGUAAAAUAUUUAGAGUGGAUAAUGUUUACUAGGGCGGUCGGUAUUUUAAGAAAAUGUAUAUUUUUUUUGAAGGUAGAAUAUCUAAUCAAACAUGAAAUGCUGCUCAAAGUGAUGAAAAGAAACAGUGAUGUUGGCUCAAUGCUGCCAUAUGUAGCUCAUACGGUGACUGUGCCCCCUUUUCUGCCCUGCAGUCGGUAGUAAUGGUAUGAUGUGCCGGUCAUCCGUCUCGGUGGCCCACGUCCAGCCGGGGGAAGAUCCAGUGACGCAGAUAGCGGAUCAUUUAGUAAUUAAAGACACCGGUCCGGUCUGCACCUCCGAAACCACAAACUAGCAGCAUCUGCAUAGCUCAGGCCUGGACUCACACAUAUUCAGUCGCCCACGCUCCACAGUCACCUUGUGGAAUCAAGGAGUCUGAACACCACAACUUCCGCUCAGUAACCCCCCCCCGCAGUCUCACACACACCCUCAUUACUCACCAGCCUCCUUUGUGUACACGCACAGCACUACCAGCUACUUGCUGAGAUGCACUUUUUUUAUUUUUAUGUUUUUGUGUGCGUUUUUUUUUUUUUUUUAUUCGGCCGAGGAGAGACUGGGCAUUUCCAGCGCUGCCCUCAGACCUCUCCUAGCUCGGACGCUCCGCUCUGCCUACAAUCCCUCCCCCCAAAUUACUGGGAGACAUUUGUGUUUAUUUAUUGUUUAUGGGUUGUUUUUUUUCUUUACAAUGAGGGACCGAAGGAUGACGUGAUGCCGCGAGGUCCUCCGAUUGAAAAACGCUGUAAUAUACCACGACCUCACAUCUAUUAUUAUAAACUAAGUGUUGUUGGUUGGUGUUUUCGCCUGCAUGGCUCAAUCUGACUUUUGAAGCAUUAUUCUUCUUCUUCUUCUUCAUGUGCUGGCCGACACUAAUUGAGCCGCAGUAACGCUACAGGCCUCUGCAGAUGCCUUUUGUUUGUUGAUGCUUAAUCUCUAGGCUGCCAAAUGGUCAUAUAAUCUUAAAGGUGUUUUUUGUCCUGUAUGAUUUGUUUACACACGAAAAUGAAUAUUUAUGAAGAAAAAUCCAACCUGUUAUGAAAAGAAAUGAAGUUACGGUGAAGUAUUAACCUGAGAGAGCGCUUAUAUAUCGGUUUACAUUAAAGGAAUGUAUUAAUGGACAGAAGCGCAUCAGUGUACAAACUCUCUCCCGGUGUGAAUGUCUAGUUGUUCCAGCAGGACUUUCCCAGUUUUUUUUUUGUUUUUUUUCCCAGCACCUUGCCCCCUUUUCUUCUAUUUUCUUGAUCUACUUUACAUUCCUGUGCAUCCCACAUGACUUAUAGCGCUUUGUUGUGUUUGUGAAAGCUGAAUGUGAACCUGCCAAGACUCCAUUUUAGAUGCAGACACUGUAAAUCUGUUUUUGCUACUGUUGUUCCCAGUGUUACUUUCUGCCUCUCAGACAGGACGUUUGAAAAGAAAAGAGAAAAAAAAAAGAAAGAACAGUAAAAAAGAGAUUCCUCCUCUCCUGUAUUUUUCCUGCUUCCUUGUAAAAUCCUGCCAAAUAAAGAUAUUUAAUAAAUUAUAAUAUAAGUUAUAUAACUGAGUUCACUACUUGUUCUCCCUCGUGGCAUUGCUGAAUAGUUUACACAUUCUAAGCUUGAAGUCAGAAACUAAAUUUGUUUAUGUCAAAGCUUGGUGUGACAAUAAAGCUUUUUCAUGUGCGCUA